CUGCAGCGGCUCGAGAAGACGAAGAAGAAGUGUCCGCUGCACGUGCGUAGCGCUCACAUCGCGUCGGUCCUCCCGGAGAGACACACAGAAGAAGACGAGGGGAAGAAGAUCCACCAGUUUAAGUUAACCUUUUACACCAGACAACAUGAGACCAGGGUUCAGUCCUCGUGGAGGAAGUAGAGGAGGAUUCGGCGACAGAGGGAGAGGAGGAAGCAGAGGAGGAUUCGGCGACAGAGGAGGAAGUAGAGGGGGAUUCGGCGAUAGAGGACGAGGAGGAUUCAGGGGAGGAAGAGGUGGAUCAUUCCGGUCUCCUGAUGGAGGAGGAUUUAGAGGCAGGGGAGGCGGCGGCAGAGGGGCCCCAAGAGGAGGAAGAGGAGGGAGGGGAGGAAGAGGAGGCUUUGGAGCAGGGAGGAAGGUCAUGGUGGAGCCACACAGACAUGAAGGUGUGUUUAUCUGCAGAGGAAAGGAGGACGCUCUGGUGACAAAGAACAUGGCGGUGGGAGAUUCUGUGUACGGAGAGAAGAGGAUCAGUGUUGAGGAGGGAGAAGUGAAGACGGAGUACAGAGCCUGGAAUCCGUUCAGGUCUAAGCUGGCAGCGGCCAUCUUGGGAGGAGUGGACCAGAUCCACAUCAAGCCGGGGGCGAAGGUCAUGUACCUGGGAGCUGCUUCAGGAACCACAGUGUCCCACGUGUCGGACAUCGUCGGACCGGAAGGUCUGGUGUAUGCGGUGGAGUUUUCUCAUCGAUCAGGUCGUGAUCUCCUGAACGUGGCAAAGAAACGCACAAACAUCAUUCCCAUCAUCGAAGACGCCCGACACCCACACAAAUACCGCAUGCUCGUCGGUAUGGUGGACGUGAUCUUUGCUGAUGUUGCUCAGCCGGAUCAAACCAGAAUCGUCGCUUUGAACGCUCACAACUUCCUGAAGAACGGAGGACACUUUGUCAUCUCCAUCAAGGCUAACUGUAUAGACUCGACGGCGGCUCCUGAGGCGGUGUUUGCCGCGGAGGUGAAGAAGAUGAGCGCUGAGAACAUGAAGCCACAAGAGCAGCUCACACUGGAGCCCUACGAGAGAGACCACGCCGUGGUGGUCGGCAUCUACAGACCUCCACCCAAAACGAAGAAAUGAGGCGAGCAGAGGAGUUCAAGGAGACGGAUGACCAUCUUCAAACCGACGUCUGCUUUUUUUUUUCGUUCCGUCAGAAUUUGUCUGUAGAUCUCCACAGCCGCACCUCCGCCUGUCUGUAGCUCCUCCCAUCUGUUUGUAGUUUCUUUCUCUGCAGGGAGACGCGACGCCUGACUGAUAACCGACCAAACCGCUGGAACAUCUUUCUGGUUUCUGAUUGUUUGAGGUCUUUGUAUCAUGUGGACCACACGGCUGGAGGAGCGUUUCAGCAGAUGAGACAAACAGUUUAUUUCAACAUGUGCAGCCUCUUGAUGCUGCAGCUUUUUAAACAUCAAGGAAAUUAGAUUAUUCUAUCAAUUUUCUCUGAUCCUAUAUGAAUAUUUUUCACACCCCGAGAUGUCUUUAUAUCUUUAGUGUAUGAUAAGUUAUCAGUCAGAGCUUAAUGUCCACGUCUGUGUUCAUACUGUCUGUGUAGGUAAGGACGCCUGAAAGCAGACGAUUGGCGGUGAGGUGGUUAACUCGACCCUUGGUGUGUGUGUACAGACAAAUAUAAUCCCGGUGACUUUUUCCCACUUUGACUAGUAGUGCGAUACUCAAAGUGUAACUUUCUUUUGUUGUUGUAUGAAGAGGAAUGGUUGCACGCCAUUACAGUCUAUUCUGUUUUUUUUUUUUUGACAUGAUGGAAAAACUUUGUUUUAAUAAAAUGUGUAUUAUUCUUGUUUA